AUGCCCGAACUACCAAUCAAAGAAUUAGCUGCACUAUGUGAGGUUGUUUCCUACAAGACCAUUGAAGAGAAAGAGGCUAAAGAGAUGGCAAUGGCCUUUGCUAAAAGAGAUCCUGGUCUGUCUGAAGAUAACAAGCUAUUUAUUGAAGCAUUUAUCCAGUCGCAUUAG